AUGGUGGAGCUUGUUAUGGUUGAACAACUCGAUCUCCAGAAGACGUUUCCAAUGUUGCUCUCCCUUUCCAACCGCCUUGGACAACAUACCAACAUCAUCAUCAUGAUGGCCAUGGAUGACACCAUCCAGCUAUCAGUCCCCACAUUUGUGCGUGCCCACCCGCAAACAAAGCCAUGGGGCAUCAAGGUCCCUGUGCAAUGCCCUCUCUGCGGAUCAACAAACAGCUGGUCAGAGAAGGUGGGUGUGAUGGCUCCAGCUCAGGCCACUGUUAUCAACUAUGUAUACACCUGCACGUUCAAUAUUGCAAAACCUCCGGGUUUUCUUGUUGGUGUGGCCAAAAGCAAAACCAGUGGUUGGUUCCAGUCCCCUUUCACCAUUUUUCCACCUCUGCCUCCUGUUCAGUCUUCACCGAUUUCACCCAUGUCGUCCAUCACCACAGCCAAGUGUAGCAGUGAGAGUGUAGAAAUAACUGAGUCUACUAGGAAGAGGGCACACAACUGA